AUGAUUACAGUAAUUGUUACAUUUGUUUCUCUUCUUUCUGUAGAUAUAAAUGCAAACGGAAAAAGCUAUGUGCUCGUCCCCACUCGGCUAACAUGGAAAGAUGCCCAGGCACACUGCAGACGGUUCCACACUGACCUUGCAGUUGUCGAGAACGCUGAGGAGAACGAAGACGUCCAAUCCCUAAUCACAAGUUUUGUGUGGAUUGGUUUGUACCGAGAGCCAUGGACUUGGUCAGACAAGAGCAGCAGCACCUUCAAAAACUGGAAUCUCAACAAGCCAGAUAACUUUUACGGCACAGAGCACUGUGUGGCUGAGUAUCCCGGUCAUGGAUGGGACGACGUUGAUUGUUCAGUCAACCGUGCCUUCUUCUGCCAUGAAGAUCCAAAUUUGAAGAUGAUGAAGAUGAGGAUGAAGAUUCAGACUGACGCUGACAUGGCAGAUCCAGCUAUCAACACCCAGAUACUCCAACAGAUUGAUGCCGUACUAACAAACCAGGGACGGACUGACGUCAAGCUGCAAUGGGUGAUUCAGCCCAGAAAACAAAAGGAGGAGAAAGAUGAAAUAUAAUGUUUUUCAAUGAGUUGCAAUAACAUGCUGCAUAGUUUCA